CUGUACUGUACCUGUGUUUAUAAAGUGAUAGGGGAAAAAUAAAUAAAUAAAAUACCUAUGAUCAUUAUUAAAUGGCUAUUAGUAAAACUAGUACAGUAUAAUAGCAGUACAGUAUACUGUACAGUAGAACGUCAAUUUAAAGCAAUUCAAUUUAAGAUUAUUGAUUUAAAGCGACACCCACAAUUUGGGACAAUGUUUUAAUUUAAAGAGAAUCUUUCCUAUUUUGCGUCAGUCAAUCUGGCGCAUCAUAUUUUAAAUUUAGCGCAUAAUGUUUCCCACCAGACGCUACACGGCUGCCCGCCACCCUCCCACAUCCUCACACAUCCUCAGUUCUCACACUGACGCUCUAGUGAACAGACAUAUUGUGUGACACUAUCUCCUUCUACCACGUGCAUCAACCAUCACCACUAUGUCCAAGAGGCCAGCUACUACAUCAUUAACUACCCCAAAGACCAAGAAAUCAAGGCAAAUAAUUACACUGGAGCAUAAAAUCAAAGAGCUGGAAGCACUGUAGCGUGGAAAUAGUUCUUCAGGUGUGGGACGUCAAUUUGGACUGUCGGAGAGCUCUGUCCGCACUAUAAAGCUCAACGAGAAGAAAAUUAGAGCAGCCAAUGCUUCACCAGAUGUUGCCAAGGGUAAACUCCACCUGAAGAGUGCUAUAUAUGUUGAGAUGGAAGAAGCACUGAAGUUAUGAGUAGAAGACAUGCAGCACCGAAAACUUCCUCUCACUGGCCCCAUGCUGCAAAACCAAGCCUACGAUAUACAGUCUUGGAUACUUGAAAAGGAAGGGAAGUCCAUCAAAGACAGUAAGUUCACAGAGAGUACAGGCUGGCUGUACAAAUUUAUCAAAAGGACGGGGCUACGGAAUGUGACGCUUUCAGGUGAAGCUGCAUCUACCGAUGCGGAGGCGGCCGAGGAUAUGAAGAAAGUUAUGAAGGAUAGUGUUAGAAAAUGGUGAUUCUCCUUGCCAAGUGUGGAAUUGUGAUGAAACUGGACUGUAUUGGAAAAGAAUGCCCAAGAAAACCUAUCUAAUGAAGAGUGAAUAAAAAGCACCAGGGUUUAAGGUCAGCAAGGACAGACUGACGAUUCUCCUCAUGGCGAACGCAUCAGGCACCACACGAAUGAAGCCACACGUCAUCCACCACUCAGCUAGACCUACUGCCUUGAAAAAUGUGCACAUCCCGAAAUUUCCUGCAAUUUGGCGAUCAAACAAGAAGGCGUGGACGACUUCUGGUAUUUUUGAUGGAUGGUACAUCAGCUAUGCCACCCUAUUCAACAAAAGUGUUUAAAAAAAAUUUAACCUUAGCAACAAGGCCUUGGUUCUCAUGGACAACGCAUCUUACCACUUCAAACACCUGUGCAGUGUGAAUAAUGACGUAAACUUGACCUUCUUCCCUCCAAAUGUGACUUCACUUAUUCAGCCACUAGAUCAAGGUGUUAUUGCCUUGUUCAAGAGAUAUUAUCUCAAGAAUACAUGAGGCAAAUGGCUGAGGCUAUGAACACGGACAACAAUAUGACUGCAGCAACGUUUUGGAAGAGCUACACCAUCAAAAAUGCCAUAGCUAACAUCACACUUGCGUGGAAAAGUGUGCCAGAAACUGCACUAAAUUGAGUGUGGCGUAAUCUGUGGCCUGAGGUAGUCCAUGAUUCCAAGGGCUUUGGUGAAGGCAAGGACGUGAAAGACAUUAUGAAGCUCGUUAAGGAAGUGAGAGGUGAUUUAGGAUUUCUAGGAAUUCAAGAAGAGGAUAUGACUGAACUGCUUGUUAGCAUGGAGGAUCCUCUCACCUCUGAAGAAGUCUUGGAGAUGGUGGAGAUGGCGAAAAACACGAGGAAGAAGAGGAAGCGACAUAAGCCCCACACAGUGGGGAAGGAACUGACAAUUCCUAAGCUGAGGGAGUUUAUGCAGCACGUCACUUCUGCCACCCAGUCUGCACUGCAACAUGACCCUGAUAUGGAGCACAAUAUGCAAGUGGUGGAGGCGUUGAAUCGGGCUGCAUCUACGUACUCUCAGCUGCUAGAUCAACUGAUUAUGGCCCAGCAACAGAAGAAAAUCACCUCAUUCUUCCGUCCAUUAUCCUCAUCAGCUCCUGAGGUAGCUGGCCCAUCUACGUCUGGGCAGACACGGCCGUCAUCCAGUGCUUCCUGCGUGUCAGAUGUGUCAACAGCCACACCACUAGACAGUGAUGUGGAUGAUGAGCUGGUCGAGUUGGGCUCUGCAUCUUCAGAGGAUGACUUGCCUUACUAAAGUUGAGUGAAAAUCUAUUUUUGAUAACAAAGUAAUUAAAAAAUAAAUUAAAAGGAAAGUUUAAAUGCUGUGUGAGUCAUGCGGGUGGAGAGCGGCACCAGUGCCACCACCCUCCCCCAUCAGCUGAUCGCUAGUAAACAGACCAUUUCGCAUCCCGUAAUUUUAGCUGUGUUGAUUUAUAAGUGUUUGUUUUAGCAUAAUACAACA